GUAAACAUUUGGUGUAAUUUAAGUACAGAUAUUUAUCAAAAAUGUAAUUUAACGAGUAAAAGUGCGACUAUCUAGCUAUUUUCAAGAAACAUUAGAUGCAAUGUCAGCUAAAACUAUUUGUGCUAUACAAGAUGGACCGGUCAACGCUCUUGCACUUAAUAAAGACAAUAACCAAGUUGUCAUUGCCGGACGCAAUGUUUUCAAAGUAUUCACCAUUGAAGAGAAUGAAUUUGUUGAAGCUAUAAACCUGAGGGUUGGAAAAAACCUUAACUUAAAUUUUUCUUGCAAUGAUGUGGCUUGGAGUUCCCAUGAAGACCACAUCCUGGCGACGGCAGCCACUAACGGAGCCGUGGUGGUGUGGAGUCUCAUCAGAACGUCUCGGUGUAAGCAAGAUCAUGUGUUUCUGGACCACAAACGCACGGUCAACAAGGUCAGUUUCCACACAGUGGAGCCGUUCUAUCUUAUCUCUGGGUCUCAGGAUGGAACCAUGAAAACCUUCGACCUCCGCACCAAGGAAGCAACUAGGACGUUCUUUAGCAACACAGAGAGUGUGAGGGACGUACAAUUCUCACCUCACGCGCCUCACAUGUUUGCCUCGGUGUCCGAGAAUGGCACGGUGCAGCAGUGGGACCUGCGCCGGCCAGACAAAUGUCACCAGCAGUUCACGGCGCACAGUGGCCCGGUGUUUGCUUGUGACUGGCACCCAGAACAUCCCUGGCUGGCAACGGCUUCUCGCGACAAGACCAUCAAGGUGUGGGACAUGACGAAUAAGCCGACCUUGGAACACACAAUCAAUACAAUCGCUUCAGUGGGCAGAGUCAAGUGGCGGCCGCAGCGCAAAUACCACUUGGCCUCAGUGGCGUUGGUAGUGGACAGUAGUGUCAACGUGUGGGACGUCCGAAGGCCUUACAUACCCUUUGCAGCGUUCAAUGAACAUAAUGACAUUGCUACUGGCAUUGCAUGGCGUGGUGACCCCCACGUGCUGCUUACUACGGGCCGGGACAGCACACUGUACCAACAUGUGUUCAAAGACGCAGUCCGACCAGCAGAGAAGGCCAAUCCAGCUGGGAUAUCCUUCAACAGCAUAGGAGACCUGGCGGUCGCCUGCAAGUCCAGCGUGGUUAACAACAAGACUAACAAAGUGUCCAGUUUACUCAGACGAGCACCAGUGACAAGUGAAGACUUCUGCCAGGCUAACAGUUGGCUGCAUUGGUACAACAAACGGCACAACAAUGAGGUCAAGUGGCUGCUGGGCUGUGCGCAGGGCUACCAACUGAGUGGCAAACCUCUAGCUGAGCUGUGUGACCACAAUGCCAACGUCGCUCGUCAGUUUGGCCGUUUUAGUGUGAGCCUAGUUUGGAGCAUGAUCAAGACACUGUACAUGCCUCGUACAAGCGAUUACCAACUGCAGACUCCCUUAAGAGAGGAGCAGAAUGUGAGAGAUAGUGGUGGAGGGGAGGAGGAGGGGCAUGAUAGUGGAGGGGGAACUACCAGUGUGGACGAUGUCAAUGAACCAGACAGCGAAGAUAUAAAGGACAAGAAGACUCGCAAGUUGCGGCUUGAAGACUUAAAACCCAAUUCCCAUUCUUUGGGCGAUUUCUUCUUCGGUGAUGGGGAAAUGGACCCAUUGAGCAUGGACUUUGAGCGAGGAAACAACAUCGGACUGACCGUGGACUCUGUUGUGACGGAUUGGACGUUGCCUAUCGAGGCAUUUCCCCUCCGUCACGAGAUAAAGGAUCGGUCGCCUCCGCCAGAACAGUUCCCUAACAGUGAGUCACCGGAGCCUGUGGAAGACACUACGAUUCUGAGUGGUGAAGAACCUUCGACGGCGCUGCUCACUGUCAACUGCCUGGUGCGACCAGUAGCGUGGGAGCCUGGCACUGUGGUGGGGGAAGCCUUGACACAUCAUGCGGCACGCGGCGACGUCCAGACAUCUGUAUCGGUCCUGUUGGUGCUGGGAGAGAGACGGAAGACUCUAGAACACUGUCUAGAUGAGACGACACAGGAACACUGGUUGUUGGCUUAUAUAGACCUGCUGUCACGCUACAAGCUGUGGAACAUCUGUACACAGGUUAUCCAGCUGUCUUGGGUGCCGUCAGUAAGUCAGCUCAACCAGCAGUCCACCACGGUUUACACAGCAUGCACACAAUGUCACAAACCUCUGUUGAGGAGUGGCUGGUUGUGUGACCGUUGUCACUCGGCCACUUGUGGCGUAUGCAGUGUUUGUAAUCAGGUUGUACGUGGUCUGUACGUGUGGUGUCAGGGUUGUGAGCAUGGUGGUCAUGUCUCACAUCUACAGCAAUGGUUCUCUGACAACCGUGUAUGUCCUACUGGCUGUGGUCAUGUCUGUGAGUUCUCGUAGUCUAAUCUACAUUCUACCACCUUGUCUUACUGUAUACGACUAUGUCUGAUUCCUUUUAAACCAAAGUUUCUUUUAAUUUAUUAUAUUUAUUUCUGUUGUUGAUGACAAAAUCACAGGCCACACAAUUAGGCCACACUGAUUAGUUAAGACAGAAAUGGAUUUUUAAUGUUAAAUCUUGGGUGUAUUCAGUUUUGAUUUUGUAAUAGCCUAAAUCAAUUAAAUUUAUAAUCUUAAAACCAAGUAAUAUGUUGAGAGAUUUUAGACAAGUACGUUUUGUUCCCAGCGAUUAAAAAUACCCAUGGAACUGGGACUAUGACAGAAUGUAUGGAUAACAGUUUCUUCAUAAAUUACUAGUUUGGAAUUUUAAAAUAAUUUUUGAAAGAAAUAACACUGUACACAUAUGAAUACUGUGCAUAUAGUUUAUUUGAUUUACAGUAGGCCUAUAAAAAUUUUAACAUACUGUAUUUUGUUAAAAAAAACUGUGAUGCAGCAAAAAUCUAAAGUAAAAAUAGUGAAAUACACAUUUUAAUUGAUGAAUAAAAGAGCUUGAUUGUUAAUCAAAGUUCACUGUCCAAAGCUGAAGUCAAAUUGAAGUAAAAAUAUAAAGAACUUAGGGUCUGUAGAAUAAAAGAAUUGAAAUAAUAUCCCACAAAAGUUGCCAAUACUUUUAGUACUAAAACAUAUCUGUGGAUGGUCAAGUGUUUCUUUCUGUGUUACUCUCUGUAGGUACAAUAGUUGAGUUUGAGCAUUGCCUUCAUUUGUCGACCAAUAAAAAAAGGUAUUUUUCGCUACACUACUGUGAAAUCACUUGUUUUCGUCAUAUGAUUAUCACAUCAUUACGCUGUUUACCAUGUGAAAAUAAUGUUAACUAAUUACUGCUAUGAGUUUUGUAAUCUACACAACUGUAAUCAUCGUAGUUUUCAUUACUAGUUUCGAAAGUGACUUAUUAUGGGGAGAGAUUGCAUUUACAUGGAAAAAGUUAUCGAGCCCCGAAAUUGCACUUUUAAGACGAGCAUUGAACAUUAUUUUUCAUUACGAUAUUGAAUAACAUGUAAACAACAUGAAUAUUUUUGUUAAUUCAACUUAGUAUAAAAAAAAAAAAAACCGAA